ACCGACGUAUCGUAUCGUACCGUACCGUACUUCCAUUUACAACAAGUUUAACAAGUUUUUCAAAUAUUUUUGUUUUUUUUUUGCCAAAUUGAAAGACAAGUGAAAAGCGAGAAGUCAGUCGAUCUCCAGGCAGUUUAAACCCUGUGCAGUGCAGUCAGAUAUCAAAAAAUUCAGCAAAAGCAGCGUGAAGAAUCAAGAAUCUAAUCGAAAUCAAAUCAAAUCGCCACAGAAUCAUCCACACACGGCCACCGACAUGCAGAGCGACUUUCAGAGAAUGAAGAACUUUGCCAAUCCCAAGUCUAUGUUCAAAACCAGUGCUCCCACCGCCGAGCAGGGUGGCAACUCGGCUGCCAACACAGUUGCCCCUGGACGUCCGGAGCCCACUCCACCUGUCGCUGUGGCUGCCCCAGCCGCCGCUCCGGCCCCAGCUGCAGCUCCGGCUCAGCCCAAGGAUGAGGCUAAGCCUACCGAGGGCGGUGACGAUGUUCGCACAGAGCAUCUGUUCAAGCACCCCCUACAGAACACAUGGACCCUCUGGUACUUGGAGAACGAUCGUUCAAAGUCGUGGGAGGACAUGCAGAAUGAGAUCACAAGCUUCGAUGCCGUCGAAGACUUCUGGAGUCUAUACAACCAUAUCAAGCCCCCAUCUGAGAUCAAACUGGGCAGUGAUUACUCGCUCUUCAAGAAGGGAAUACGCCCUAUGUGGGAGGAUGCUGCCAACAAGCAGGGCGGUCGCUGGGUGAUCACCCUCAACAAGAGCUCAAAGACCGAUUUGGAUAAUUUGUGGCUCGAUGUGUUGCUGUGCCUGAUUGGCGAGGCCUUUGAUCAUUCGGAUCAGAUUUGCGGUGCUGUCGUGAACAUUCGUGGCAAGAGUAACAAAAUCUCCAUUUGGACAGCCGAUGGAAACAACGAGGAAGCUGCCCUGGAGAUUGGCCACAAGCUGCGCGAUGCCUUGCGUCUGGGACGACAGAACUCGCUGCAGUAUCAACUUCACAAGGAUACCAUGGUCAAGCAGGGAUCGAACGUGAAAUCUAUCUACACAUUAAAUUAAUCGUAACACAAGUCCAAGAACCCCGAAGUGAAACUGAAACCGAAACCGAUACACUACAUCGCCUGAACAUCGUUGAAUUAAUAGGCCAACACCCGUUUUCUGUAGAGAUCAUUAUUGGAAUAUACGAAAAAUAAACACGAGUACACUACAACAGGA